GUGGGAAAUCUGGUUUUAGUUUCCUCCUUGGCCACAGAGGACCACUCUCAUCAACAUGGAGAAUGCCCUAAGCACCAGGCUACAGGCAGUCCUGGGGAACAGAGGCACUUUUUGCCCCUCUUUGUGAAGCUGUUCCACGGUGCAGAAAAUAAUUGAAUGUUUUUUGGGCCAGAGAAAGAGCAAGCGAGAGAGCUCCAGCUAGCAGGAGACGCAUGGCUGUAGAUGCAAGCUAUGUACUGAACUGCUAAGAAGUUUCAGGACUGACCUUCAGGUUCAGAAGUUGAGGUUAGGUGGCAAUUGAGCAAUGGUUUUCAGGAUUACAAUUUUGGAUUUUGGCAUCUAAAUUCUUCCUCAGUCCCAUUUUAGGUGCCUGUGAAUCCCUCUUUUCAUAUAGGCCCAUUUAACUUGAAUGUGGUGAUUUUUGGAGCCUCAAUUACCUUAGUUUUUAGUAUUUGAAUGCUUUAUCAUAUUUGUGUUCAAUAUUCACUUAGCACUUAGUCUAAUAACCUACUUCACUUUGCUGAAAGGGAAAAUGGAAUGCAGUUUUUUUUGUAGGGCUCUUGUUAGCUAUUUAUGACUUGAUCUGAAUCAGUGUUUCCACAUAAAUAUGCUACUUUCAUGGUAGUUUUUAUUAUUUUAUAGCAGGUCCAAGUGUGCUAAUUACUUUAUCAUAUACACAAAAGACACAGCCACUUCAAAGAGGGCAUACAAUCAGGUGACAUAAAGGCUAGUAUCUAAGAAGAGAUUAGACUGCUCAAAUAGGGGGAGGGCAUCAAAGUUAGAUAGGACCUUUGUUCAUAGUUAAGACACCUCAUUAACAGUAUUUUACAGUUUACAGCCUGUUAGAGGAUGUGUUGUAAUAAUUGUUAGUGGUUUUCUCUAUGAUAUGUCAUCUUUAUAUUUCAGUUGUCCAUUUUGCAUACAUCAGUUAAAUCUUCUUGUUUGAUUGGAAUCUAUUAAAGAGUUUUAAUCAGUGCUUGUAAGAGAUUCAGAUUCUGACCAUUUCACCAAAAAGAAGGAAACUUUAUACAGAAAUUAACAGAAAACUCCUCUUGCUAUGUGUGUGUGUUUAUCUGACUAAGAAGAACCAGUACUUGAAUGAUUUUUAUGUUUUAACAGACUGCCCUCCCACUUAGAAAUCCACAUAACCUGUCAGUCACUGACUGACUGGUUUGAAAACCAAAACUACGUUUGUCUUCUGUAGUUUACGUGUUGUUUUUGGGCUAUGACUUGUGACCAGUGAGACUUUAUACAUUGUUCUAUACUGUGUUUGGUAGGAAUAAUAGUCUCUUUAUUAACUUUGUUUGCGUUUACCUGAUGAACAAAUUUUACCAUAUGAACUUGUUUCAGCAAAUUAAAAAAGCAUAGCUGUAACUUUGAAAAACAGAACAUUUUAAAUGUAUAAAUCUUUUCUAGUAUACCAGCAUAAAUCUUUUCUAGUAUACCAUUUCCCUCCUAAUAGUACAUUUUUCUGUAACAUACCUGUAUAUCAAUUGAAAAAUGAUCUGAGGAGCUGAUUUUUUCAAAUUGUGAGUAUAGGCAACAAGCUAUUCAUGAAUUCAUUAAACUUCAGUUUUAGAGAGUUUGCUAAUGUGUCUAUAGCGAAUAAAUUGUUUUUCUUAUCAUUUCAAACAUCUAACAUGCAUUUCCAUUCAAUGACAGGUUACUUGGCUGAAUCUGUGGAUUAGCUUUAUAUGUCCAAUAACCCAGUUACUGGGAAAAGGAGCCCCUCUGUUUCCCAGAAUGUGCACAGUGAGGAAAGAGCAAGCAAGAAUUUAUUCUGCAUUUACUGCAGUCGCAGUAAUGGAAUUUUAGGCUAUGCAAAUAUACAUCUCUUUCAAAAAGAAAUAUACUGUACUGUGAUAGUUAGUUGGUCUCUAGCACCAGUCAUAAUGUUGGCAGAAGGCAUCCUAACAGGAAUUAUAUACAGAGAAAAGAAACAAAACAAACCCCACAGAUGUGGCAUCAACAAAAAAGAGAAGAAGGAAACCUGGAAAGAUCAUCUUGUGGAUAGACUGGCAACUGAAGACCUUGCUACAGAAUCUAAGAAGCAGGACAAGAUCAUUGCAAAAGAUAGCAAGAAGGAACACAAUAAAGUUCUUCUUCCAUGUAAAUCAACAGAAGAGCUACCUGCAAAAGAACAUAAUAGUGCACAUGUUAAUGGAACCAUGUUUACAGGUUUACAUAUACCAGAAAGGGAACACAAUAAUGAAAAACAGCUGGAUUUGUAUAGAUCCUGGUCAUGCCACAGCAUUUAUCAAAACUACCCUGACCUACAUAUUGCAGGAGACCAUGUAGGGGACUAUAUGCUUGAUUCAGGUUGUGUUAUGGAUGACACAUGUGAUGAACUCCCUGAUGGCCCUGUUUUAGUGUCAGUAGAUAUUCCCUUAGGUCAUUCACCUCCAAAGGAGCCUCUUGAAAAACCUGCUUCAAAGUUCUUGAAUGGGGAUGAAGGUACAGAAAGGAGUAUGACACUCCACAAACAGCCUCUUUCAAAUUCUGUGCUCAACAAUUACAUGGAUAGAAAGAUGGAAGAGCUCUAUAAACAGGUUUUUGAAGAAAACCUGACUAGAUGUGGCUCUGUAACAAACCUCCAGACUUCCAGUUUGAUAAUGAAUAACUUAAAUCUGCUAAGUCUUCAAUUGUCCCAGGAACAUAAUAUAGAAACAUCUAAAGCCAAAGAAGUGCUCUUACAUUCUCUAGCUUUGUUUAGUUGUCACAAUGCUGCCACUGGAAACAGUUCUGAGUUUAGUACUCCAAAUUUACAGAUCUCAAACCCUGUAUGCAAAAAAAAGAGCUUCCAGAUGAAGUUAACAUCAUGAAUGAACUGUUUGGUUACAGAGUAAUCUUCAGCCACAGUUUCUUCACUUUCAAGAUAAAUUGGUGACAUUUACAGAAAUUAGACACUACAGACUUGUUAAAAGAUAAUUAGUUUUGCAGUCUAAACCAGGGCUAUUCAACUUCUGAGUGGCUGAGGGCUGCAGGACUGUGCAAACUAGACACAACCUUGGGAAAUACCAUGGGUCGCACACUGCAUCGUUCUAUCCCACCCUGCGCCACACCACACAGUCUGCUGACGUGCCAUGAAAGCCCUGCAAGCCACAGACUUCCUCCACCCCUUUCCAUUGUGGAUGCACUGUGCAGACAAACCACGCACAGCCCUCCAUCCCCCCAUGCUGUGCAGAUGUACCAUACAGCCCUCCUUGCUCUGUGCUACAUGGAUGCAAUGCAACACACUGCACUCUCUCUACACUGCACCAGCAGGGAAGGUUCCAUGAGCCCUAUGGUUACAGACUCCCUCAGCCCUGCAGACUAGUUUACCCUGUCCCUGCCCAAGUGACAGGGGCAGGGGCAGGGAUAGGUGGCAGGCAGAAGAAGCUUGAGGAGGGAGGGGGAGCCCAGGGACUCUGGGUAUAGAGAAAAGCUAGGAGUGGAGCCUGGAGCAGGAGCUUGGGUACUGCAUGUGACUUGUGGGCCACCAGUUGAACAGCCCUGAUCUAAAUCAUACCUUGUCUAUGGUGCUACUUCAUUGCUUAUUUCAGGACUGAAUCACUGACUUCAUUGUAUUGUUGAAUAUAACACCUUAAAAUAUUUAUUUAGCCAAUUUUUUUUUAAGUGGCCCAUGCCCAGCUUCUGAGAUUCCAGCUCUGCCAAUAUCUAUAUGACACUUUAUUAAUGUAUUUUGGGGCUACUUAAACAAGCAAAGUUUGCCAUGUACAAAAAAUAUUGGUAAAAUGUUACCCUGAGAAACUAACGCAGGACCAAAUAAAAUUAAGGGUUUAGACUCGCAUUGACUUCGACAGUCGUUUGGAUUGUGCUCUACUUAGGAACUCAUGACCCUGAGCAUCCAAAUGUAGAAUACACUUUUACAUACCUGAGUAUUGUUUCUGAGAAGAUGCAUCUUUCAUAUGAAAAUGCUGUUAGCAGGUGGGAAUGUUCAACACUGAUUUAUUGUGUAUAGCCUCUUAUAUGUGUAUCAUGUGAAAUGUAGACUUCAUAGUGAGGAAAGCUAAUGAGAACACUCUAUAGAAGGGAUUGAUAUGUGGUAUAUAUGUGGUACUCUUGUUGCACAUGCAUAUUUUAUAUUAUACAUGUACAGUGUGUUACAUGGGAAUAGAAGUUUUAUUGGUUUCUAACAACUUAUGUAAUAUAUCAGCUUUGAACAAAGUUAUUAAAAUAU